AUGUCGGUAUUAUCUGAUAGCGAUACUGAAGCUGAAGUGGUUUCGAGAAACCUAUGUGGUGUAGUGGAUAUUGGGUCCAAUGGUAUCAGAUUCAGUAUCUCUUCGAAGGCUCAACACCAUGCCAGAAUAAUGCCAUGCGUCUUCAAGGACAGACUGGGAAUUUCACUAUAUGAAAUACAGUAUGAAUCAGACACAGGUAAACAGAUACCCAUCCCGGACGAUAUCAUAGAUGAAAUCGUAUCUGCCAUGAAAAGAUUCAAACUUAUAUGCGAGGACUUCGGUGUCCCCCAAUCUGGUGUACGUGUGAUCGCCACUGAGGCCACUAGGUUGGCUUUGAACUGUGACCAAUUCAUAGACGCUAUAGAAUCGAGUACAGGCUGGGAUGUCGAGUUGCUGUCAAGAGAAGAAGAGGAAAAAAUCGAUGUAUAUGGUGUGGUGUCAUCCUUUUAUUUUGUUAAUGGGCUUUACCUGGACCUUGGUGGUGGAACUGUCAAUUUAUCGUGGUUGCAAACGGUUGACGGCGAAAUCAAACGCUCCUCAACGUCUGUAGCAUUGCCAUAUGGGGCCAGUGCCUUAACCAGGAGGAGCAAUACUGAAGAUAGAAGAGCAUUGUUUCUGGAAAUCAAAGAAGCUUUUAGAAAAGCAGUUGACGAAAUCCAAAUUCCAAACGAUAUGAUACAAGAAGCUAAAAGAACUGGCGGUUUUACACUAAUGGCCAGAGGUGGUGGCCUAAGGGGCAUGGGCCAUUUACUAAUUUCUCAGAACCCUGACUACCCAGUUCAAACAAUUAUCAAUGGUUAUUCUUGCUCAUAUGACGAAUUCGAUGCCCUGACAGAUUAUCUAUUUCUAAAGAAGAGAUUACCAAGCAACAACAAAAUAUUCAAAGUCUCUGAGAAACGUCGAUCACAGUUACCUGCCGUUGCACUAUUAAUGAGCGCUGUAUUUGAUGUAUUGCCUAGAAUAACAACUAUAUAUUUCAGUGAAGGUGGUGUUAGAGAAGGUACAUUAUAUUCUAUUUUGCCAAGAGAAAUUAGGGCACAGGAUCCUCUUUUGAUUUCUACGAGACCUUACGCUCCUCUUUUGGCAGAUAAAUACCUUCAGUUGUUACAGACCGCUCUACCAGAACAUCAGAUACCUGAGAUUGUUUAUCAAAGAGUGGCGCCGGCGCUUUGUAACCUAGCAUUUAUACAUGCAUCCUACCCUAAAGAACUUCAACCAACUGCUGCCUUACAUGUAGCAACUAGAGGUAUAAUUGCAGGUUGCCAUGGCCUAUCACACAGAAUACGAGCACUUAUAGGGAUAGCACUAUGUAACAGAUGGGGAGGUAAUAUACCGGAACCUGAAGAAAAGUAUAUGAAGGCCUUAGAGGAUGUGGUAUUGAACGACCAUAACAAAAUAGAGGCUAGAAGAGCUGUGUGGUGGACGAAAUAUGUUGGCACAAUUAUGUAUGUCAUCUGUGGUGUACACCCAGGUGGUAACAUCCGUGACAAUGUUUUCAAUUUUGCUGUGCUCAAGAAGAGGCCUCAACAAGGGCAAACUACAGAACAAUCAUCAUCACACUUGAAGAGAUCCAACAGCAGGACGAUCGAUGAGACUUUAGAGAAUCAGAUGGAAUCAUUGUCAAUUCAAUCUGGGGGUAAUGCCAAUAGGGAAUUUGAAGUAGUGGUUAGGAUAAGUAAAGAUGAUUUGAAGACGAGUGCCUCUGUACGCUCAAGAAUUAUAACUUUACAGAAGAAGAUACGAAAACUAUCAAGAGGAAGUCCAGAAAAAGUACGGAUAUCUGUACAAUUCUCAGAUAAUUAA